AUGCUUCUUGAAUUACCAUCUUUAGAAUAUUCAAUAUUAAUAACGAAUGAAGAAGCUUUAUGCAAUCGUGUUGAUGAAGUGAGAGCCCUUAUAACUAUGUCUGAUACAAAUAAACAAAGUCAAAGCGAUCCUCCUCGGAUUCCUGUCACUGUUAGCCAACCAUUUCUAGAAAAUUUAGUAAACUGGCGUGAUGUAACAGUACCUUCUUUUGUCGCUUCUACCACACAAUCUAAUCUAUCUUCGUCAAGUCCAUUUGCAGAAGAUUUACAACGUGUUCCGCUUUUCUAG